AACGCAUAUAUUUCAUCACGCGGCUCACGCCCAACAAAACAGCCUACACCACCACACGCGACCACAGAAUGGCGGGAGCACAGGCGCAGCUUCACGUGUACCCGCACUUCAACCACGAGGAGGCGGCGGCAGUCGCGGCGGAAUUCGUGCAGAGUCUCGACAACCUCCAGGGCGAGGUGACGUUUCUGCUGCAGGAGAUCCGGGAGAAGGAUGAGCGGAUAGGCCAACUGCUCAACCGCAUCAACCAGCGGCACUAUGGCCUGACGAAGAGCAUCAAGAACCUGUCGUCGGCCAACGCGCAGCCCUCAACAGCGACCUUCACCCUCCCCAUCCCGGCGGGUGCGGCGCUCCCCACGGCCCACCUGAGCACCAAGGACGCGCAGAACGUCGCCAAGAUCCAGACCGAGUGGGGCAAGAUCGAGUCGCUGCAGGCCGAGAAGAUCAAGCUCGCCGAGCGGCUGGAGCGCAUCGUGCUGCGUGCGCGAGAGCGCGGAAAGAACGAGUGGCACAAGGUCGGCGGCAUGGACAUUGACGAGCUGGACACGGACGUCAAGAUGGGCGACUUGGGCGGCGCAGAGGUGCUCCUGCCUGCCCAGGGGCUCGGCAGCGGCAGCGACGCGCGCCACGUCAAGCGGCGCAACAAGCCCGGCAAUAUGCCAUUAGCCGCCGCCAUCAGCGCCGGCAGCAGCAUGGGCACGCUCGUCGGCUCGCCGGGCAGCAUGCCGCCCCCGCCUGCGCCGCGUGCGGGCAGCGUCUCGCGCGCUACUGGUGGCGCACGCGGUGCCCGCGCAGAGCGCCACCAGAGCAUCGCAACGACCAUGUCGGAUGUGGACGCCGACGGCGAGGUCGAGAUGGCGGACGGCGGCGACGUCGAGGCCGACGACGCAAUCUACUGCUUCUGCCAGCAGAAGAGCUACGGCGAGAUGAUUGGGUGCGACAACGACAAGUGCCAGUUUGAAUGGUUCCACGUCAAGUGCGUCAAUAUCAACGGACAGCUGCCGGAUACGUGGUACUGCCCCGACUGUGUGCAAAAGCUUGGGCUCAGCUCGAGCGACGGCAAGGUGGCCAAGGACAGAAAGGGACGGAGAAAGUAGGCGGAGGGGAGGAGGGCGCCGGGGCGCCGCGUUGUACAGUAUCCUGGCGUAGCAGGCGUGUAGCAUGUAUCACGAGUGUAGAGUG